UUCAACACUACUAUAUAACAAAUAAUUUGAGUUCUAGGUAAAAUGUCGAACACAAACAACUACCAAGGAGGCAAAGCCUUUGGGGUUCUAAUGAAACAACGAGAGAAGGAUUUAAAUGAAAUAAACCAACAAUUUCUCUCCAGCGGAACAUACGACAAGGUGGAAGAUUUAGAGGAGAAAUUGACGACUUACAAAGCGCAGUUCAUCAGAUUCGAUACAGACGGCUCAGGUGACAUCGACUUCAUGGAACUCAAAUAUAUGUUGGAAAAGUUGGAACAGCCGAAAACUCACUUGGAAAUAAAGAAAAUGAUUGAGACUGUGGACUCGACGGACAAAGGCACAAUAAACUACCCGGACUUCCUUAUAAUGAUGUUGGGAGGCAAGAACAGUGUGCUUAGAAUGAUCCUUAUUUUCGAGGAGAAGAGAAAAGAGAAACCGAAACCAGCUGGAAUCAGGAAAAAGCAGAGUCUUGCAGAUUUGGGCAUCAGACCGGAUAUGGCUCAGAAUCUAGAAUGAAGAGUCACCAUCACAUGCUACCACAUUUCCCUAAGCUAAGUUAGGGAAAUGUCGUAUG